AUGAAGAAUUACAUUCUGCUCCUCCUCUUAUGGUUUCCAGAAAAUUGUAUUUUGUAUAUCAACAAGACAGUUUUGGACAUCCCUCAAUCACCUUGUGGUGUAUCAACCAAUAUGAAGAAUUACAUUCUGCUCCUCCUCUUAUGGUUUCCAGUAAGUUUGGCCAUAUCAAAUCAGACCCUCAAUAACAGCGUAAUAAUCAAGCCUGGCUGCCCAACCAAGUGUGGGAAUUUAACUGUUCCAUACCCGUUUGGCAUCGGUUUAGGUUCUGGGUGUUCCAUUGGAUCGUUGUUUGACAUCAUCUGUAAUACAUCUUUCAAUCCUCCGAAAGCCUUCAUCAGUACGGGUAAUUUAGAGGUUAUUAACAUAUCAGACACCAAAAUCCGGGUAAAAAGCAUGGUAGCUUCCAAUUGCUAUGAUGAGUCUGGUGCUAUAGCUAGCGAAAACUCAGUUUCGGUGAUUCUAAAGACCACACCUUUCAGUUUGUCAAAUGAAAAUGUGUUAACAGUUGUGGGGUGUGAUGACAUUUCCAUGGGAUCCGUUGAAAACUUCACCGGCGGAUGUUUCACAACUUGUUCAGACAGCAGGGAAUUGAGUGACGAAUAUUGUUUUGGAGUUGGCUGUUGUCAGACCCCCAUUCCCAUGGGUACCCUCAAUAACAGCAUAAUAACCAAGCCUGGCUGCCGAACCAAGUGCGGGAAUUUAACUGUUCCAUACCCGUUUGGCAUCGGUUUAGGUUCAGGGUGUUCCAUUGGAUCGUGGUUUGACAUCAACUGUAACACAUCUUUCACUCCUCCAAAAGCCUUCAUUGGUACGGGUAAUUUAGAGGUAAUUAAUAUAUCAGACACCAAAAUCCGGGUAAAAACUCCGAUAGCUUCCCGUUGCUAUGAUGAGUCUGGUGCCAUGGCUAGCGGAACCUCAGUUUCGGUCAAUCUAAAGAUCACACCUUACAGUUUGUCAAAUGAAAAUGUGUUUACAGUUGUGGGGUGUGAUGACUUUUCCAUGGGAUCCGCUGAAAGCUUCACCAGCGGAUGUUUCACAACUUGUUCAGACAGCAGGGAAUUGAGUGACGAAUAUUGUUUUGGAGUUGGCUGUUGUCAGACCUCCAUUCCCAUGGGUGUAAAGAACUUNGUCAGACCCCCAUUCCCAUGGGUUUGCCCUAGCGGAUAUGUGGGAAAUCCAUAUCUCAAACCAGGCUGCCAAGAUAUCAAUGAAUGCAAGAGUAAUCCCUGUGACGAUGAAAACGGGAUUUGCAAUAAUACUCCUGGUGGUUACGACUGUUCUUGCCCGAAAGGUUAUAUUGGUGAUGGCAGAAAAUCUGGUGUUGGUUGCAUUCUCUUGAGUUCUAUUAAACCUCCCCGGCGUUCAGUUAAACUACUAGUGUUUUCAGUCGUGGGUGCAAUCAUUGGACUGUUAUUACUACUAACAGUUGGCUUUCGGCUAUACAAAGUAGUGAAGAAGAGGUAG